GCAGGGAUUACCAAUUGACAUUUUUGGAAGGCCACCUACAGUGUUCAGAUAGUUUUUAGGAUCUUAAUAAUGUAACAUUCAUGUUUACCCGAAUAAAUUAAAGGCAAAUUGAAAAAAAAAUACCACAAUUAAUGAAAACCUUGUUUAAUUAAUCAUAAAAAACAGUUAAAAUAUAUACAUUUUGGGUGUGGAGUUGAUUGAGUUAUUCCAAGGGCCACAAUCUGGUGGCCCCUGAUGUACGGUGUUCAGAUCAAUCAUCGGUGAUUUGCGAUCAUAAUGAUAAUCAUACCUUUGUAUUCAAGAGAAAUUUUCACCAUUCUUCGUCACUAACAUGCAUCAAUUACCAUAAAAUGUAUUAGGGUAUAACAGUGAUAACGAUAUUCUAUAAUAAACGAUAAUGGUAGACGACUACAGUAUUAUAAAAGCUUAAUAAAUAAACCAAUAGGUAUAGGUAAACAUAUAAUUACAACUUAUUGACUGCUGCAUUUUUUUUUUCAAAUUAUUUUUCGGACAGAAUAUCGUAUUAUUUUAAGUUACCUAUUAUUAUAGGUAAUGCAAUUGUAUAUAACUCAAACCACGUAUUUCGUGUUUUCGUAACGAAAAUGCAUGACAUAUCAGUGAGAACAUGUUUAGUCCGAAUAAUCAAUUAUAUUAUCCUCUCAUUGAACCAAUAACUGACAACCAAGUUAAUAUCUUAGUUCUUAAAAAGUAAUUCACGUUAUAUGUAUUUUCAAAUGUUUCGAGAUUAAGAAGAAAUUAGUGUUUUGACCAGUUAAAAAUAAAGUAUAAAAAAGUAAUGUGUGAUGAUAAUCAACCAAUUGAUGAAGACUCGGAGGUUAUCAAAGCGAUCAGCGAUCAUAGGGAAGGGAUGGUAACACACAUGAUUAACACUAAAGGAUUUCAUAAGGCUUCAAUACAGUUGAAUAUGUCACCGCUUAGUGUUACUGAUAUAUAUAAACCAACGAUAGAUGAUGAUGAUGAUACCACGGAUAAGGAACCACCCCACCGUAUAAGACGCCCCCAUAAACGUCCACGUACGCCUGCUUACGUGAAAUCGAAUGAGGAAACACAAUACAAUACAAAAACAGAAACUAAUGAUGAUUCAAAAGUGGAAAAGUCACAGAUAUUAAAUGAAUUACCAAAAAUCGACAACAGUGAGACUAUGACAACGAGACGUGACCAUGAAAGCCCAUUCGCGAACGAUGAAGAUGAAAGCCAGAACUUUGAAGACCAUAUUUCCAGCUCAAAUUUGGCUUCCCAACAUCCAAAGGUAAGACGCAAGUCUAUGAGAAAAAGGUCGGAGCAUCCCAUAUCGGAUGCCAUAGUCCAGCAGUAAAUUCCUACCACAGACAAGCGGGUAUAACUGUACAAAUACUCCUAUAACAUUUUAUAUGUAAUUUAAACACAAAAUAAAUCAAUAAAAAUAAAAAUACCCCAACUACUUUAAUACCUAAAAUAA